AUGGAUCAAUCGGAGGCGCAGGCUAUUGACAGUUCUUCUGGCAGCGAGAAGGGCCUGAACAACAGCAGAGGCAGCAGAGGGCGACGACCGAGCAUCAUCCUGCCCCCACGCGAUGAGCGCGACCAGCCAGACGCAAAGCGCCGGCGGAGAAAGAAGAAGGCCGCCCGGCGGGCGAAGAAGGACGACGUGGACGGCGACAGCAGCAGCAACGUGAACACGGGCGCGGACACGACGCUGACCAAGACAACCGGCCCGCUCGUCGACUUUGAGGGCCUCAGCCGGCCCAGCUUUGGCACGCAGCAGCGCCGCAAGGAGACGCCCGAGGCGGCGGCGCUGCGCCUGGAGCGCAUGAAGGGCGCCGUGACGACGCUGCUGGAGUGCGUGGGCGAGGACCCCCAGCGCGAGGGCCUGCUGGCGACGCCGCAGCGGUACGCAAAGGCCAUGCUGGACUUCACCAAGGGCUACCAGGAGAACAUCUCGGACAUUGUCAACGGCGCCAUCUUCCAGGAGGGCCACAACGAGAUGGUGAUUGUCAAGGACAUUGACGUGUACUCGCUGUGCGAGCACCACCUGGUGCCCUUCAUGGGCAAGAUGCACAUUGGCUACAUCCCCAACAACGCCGUCAUCGGCAUCUCCAAGCUGCCGCGCAUCGCCGAGAUGUUUGCGCGCCGGCUGCAGAUCCAGGAGCGCCUGACAAAGGACGUGGCAAAUGCGAUCUUCGAGGUGCUGGCGCCGCAGGGGGUGGGCGUCGUCAUGGAGUCGUCGCACCUGUGCACGGUGAUGAGGGGCGUGCAGAAGACGGGCAGCACGACGAUUACGAGCUGCGUGCUGGGGUGUUUUGAGAGGCGGGAGAAGACGCGGAAUGAGUUUCUGAGCUUGAUUGGGGUGAAUCGACGGUGA